AUGUUUCCCGCAGCUCCUUUGCAGCGUAUGGCGCCAGUUGGCGCUCGCUGGGCUGCGGCCUUGGAUGCGGAACGUCUUGCAAUGCGACUACGUCUCGGCGAUGGUUGGCAGUCGUGGCUGGCAUCAGAGGAUGUUGGCGCAGCGCAUUCCAGCCUAGUGGCUGCAGGAAAGCUUGAGGCGAAUGACGACCAGGCAGCGGCGAUCUCUGCGUUGUCCAAAUUGCCAGCCGCGUUGACGGAGGCCCGUGGUGCCAAAGAGCGCUGGGAUCAGGAGCAGGAGCGCCUCACUCUUGCGGCACGGGAAAAGGGAGACCUGGUUGGGCAGCAGCAGCGAGCUGAGGCGGCGGCCUGGACUUCCACUUGGAUGAGCCGCAGUCCUUCCACGCCCAGCUCUCCGCGAGUGGUGGGCCCUGUUUGCUGGCUACGCCUUGGUCCGCCUCCCGCCUUGGCACCUGCUGGUUGCUACCUCUACGGCUCAGUGGGCACUGGCAAGAGCACUGUCAUGGACCUUUUCUGCCUCACAACCACUCGCGGCUGGCGGGUGCGGCGCCAGCACUUCCACGAGUUCGCGCUGUGGUUCCACCAGGAGCUCCACAGCUUGCGCCGCGGCGCCUCGGCGGAGCCGCAGCGGCAUAUCCUCGAGCGGGUGGCGGACCAGGUCAGCCAGGGCUGCGAUGUGCUGUGCCUGGACGAGUUCGCCGUGACCAACGUGGCGGACGCCGCCAUGCUGGCGGAGCUGCUGCGGCUGCUGGCGGUGAGGCACGUCGCUGUGGUGUGCACAACGAAUCGCCCGCCUGAAGACCUGUACAAGGAUGGCCUCCACCGGGAGCGCUACGUGCCGGCGCUGGUGGAGCACAUUCGAGACGCCCUGCUGGUGCAAGGUGAGUUUGGCUCCUUUUGCCACUUUUUGAGGCUUUUGGAGAAGCAGCGCGCCAAGCAUAAGAAGGCGCAGGAGGACUGCGAAGUUGCCUCCGGGCCUUCAGUCAAAUCCGUGCGGCUGGUGAACCUCCUGAAGACCGCGGAUAUUUGCUUCGUGUUUGACAUCACCUCUUCCAUGCAGUUAUGGUUGGAUGCAGCCGCGGAGAAAAUGCAGGAGAUCGUGAUGGAUACCGUGGAGCGCUUGGGGCAGGAUGCGCAGGUGCGUGUGGCCUUUGUGGGCUACAAGGACUAUGGAGAGCCAAACCAUCCCACUGUCCAUGACUUCACCUGCGACGUGUCCAGAAUUUCGGCCUUCCUGUGCGGUCUGAAGGCUGAAGGCGGAGGUGAUUCGUGCGAGGAUGUGCUCACGGGCUUGGAGGCGGCUCUGAAUCUGACUUGGUCAUCGACUUCGAGGCUGCUGUUUUUGUUGAGCCAGACGCCGAACCACGGCUGGCGGUUCCACACAGAUUUCCAAGUGGGCGCCGACCCCAAGUCAAUCGACGAAGCCGUGGAAGCCUUUGGGGAGGAAUCAGCGCACAAUCGCAGGGAGUUGGCUAAAGCGCUCGCGUGCGAGUGCUAUGACUUGCAUGGAGACGAUCCUCGGCAGUGGGAGCCAAUGAAUGCGGCCCUGGCUGGUCUGCAGAAGAAUCGCAUACAGCUGAUGUUCCUGAAGGUUGGGCGUGGCAACAAUAUGGACAAGAUGGUAGAUGUGUUCAAGCACCAGUACCAAAAAGACACGUGCAACCCUUUGGCGAUGAAGGUCUUCAGCCUUGAUCAAGACGUCAGACUUUUCCGGAACCUGGUCUCCAGCACAUCGUCAGCAAGUUUCAGUGCCUCCUAUUCCAGACUGAGUAAGGCAGCUGCAGUGCCCUCAAAGAAGUUGCCGCUAAAAGUUAACGAGGAUUGGACCAAGAGCCGCGAUUGGGCGAGUGUGGAAGCUCGCUUGAUUUCUUACGAAGUGGAUGACUUGGACCAGCCUGCCCACAAGACAUCUCGGUCUUGCAAGAUGGCUAUUUGUCCGACUCCGUUCAGCAAGGGUGCCAUGCGAUUUGCAUUCUACGUCAUCGAUGAGGAGCAUCAGGACUGCCGAUACGUUGGCAAGGUCUAUCAAUUUGAUGAUGAGGCGUACCAGUGCAAAUCGACCUACGAAGGGGACAUGAUGUCACAAUCCGCCGCUCAGCACCUGGCCAAGGAGUUCACCAUCCAAUACCCAGAGAAUCCCAUCGAGUUUGUGCACGCCCAGCUGCUGGUCUUGGAGACGUCCACAUUGCCAUUCAAAUUCAUGGCCCUUGAGCCAUGGAUCCCGGGCAAAUAUGAGAAGUUCACGUCCAACGCUGGGCACAUUUCAGCGGACUCCGACGUGGCCCAAGCCUUCUCGCACUUCACCUAUGAGAAAACUGGAGGGGAGAUUCUGGUGAGCGACAUCCAGGGGGUGCGAACGACUUUGACCGACCCGCAGAUCCAUUCGGAAGAUGUGGACCGCUUUGGUCGUGGCAACCUGAGGACUAAGGGGAUGGACCUCUUCUUCUCAAGCCACGUGUGCAAUGAGAUCUGCACCACAUUGCAACUGAAGCCCCACCCCUUCCAGCCAGGCGGCCCAAUUGCGGAAGAGUGUCAACAACUGCCGACUCUGUUGGAAGAGGGCGAAUCUCCUGGAAACGAUGAGGGUGACAUGCCGCUCAAGGACUCCAAGUUGCAUCUCUUCCUCGAUGCCCUGCGAGCAGAUGCGGUCAAGUUGAUGGAGAGCGCGUCGAGGCCCUUUUCUUCUUUGUGGGCGUCUCCGGACUCAGACAACCUAGCUGGCAUGGUGAUUAAGUGGACACCUGCGCCAGAGAUUCUAAGCGUCCAGAAGGGGUCGCCGGCCGACCUGGCGGGAUGUAAGCCAGAGGCCCGUUUGACACUGGUGGGAGGAUCCAGCGUUACACAGCUGGGUCGAGCAGGUGUGCUGAAACUGCUGGCUGCGGAGAAGAAUAUGAUUCUUGCCACCUGGUCUCCUGCAAGACUGCAAGAGCUUUUGCGCGCAAUAGUCAGGGACCCCGAACGAGACCUGACACGUCUGGCAGAGUUGGCUGCUUCCGGGUCUCUUGAUCUUCUGAGCAUGCCUGGACUUGUGGACGCGGGAAAACUUCUUCUUGCUGCACACCUUUCAGCUCUUGAAGAUCUGAGUAUGGCAAGGAGGAAGAGCGAGUUUUUGCAAGCAGUUCGCCGCGAUGCCAAACGCUGCCUGGCAGCGGUUGAGGGCGCCGCUAGCUCCGAGCCGAAUGACUGCUUGGGUGGUGCGAGAAUCGCCUGGACGUCUCAGCCGGAAGUGGUGGCGGUGGAUCAAGGCUCUCCAGCUGAUGGUGUGGUGGAGGUGGGAGAACAGCUGCUCCAAGUGAAUGAGCGCAGCGUGGCAUCGCUGACCCGGAGGGAGAUCCUGGAGCUUUUGCAGGAUGCCAAGUCGAUGCGAACGGUCGGGCAGGUGUCGCGGGCCAAUGCUUCCCAACAGAAGGCGGCAACGCCUGUGCCCCCGGCAGCGCCCCCAACGGUGCCCCCGGCGGUGCCGCCAGCAGUGCCCCCGGCGGCGGCGGCGCCGCGUUUCGUCAAGGUGGACCCAAAGGUUGAUGCCGCAGCCAGCUCAGGCGCAGGACUGGAACGGCAGGUCUCUGCUCGAGACUUGAGAAAGGCAACGGCCGCGGAAGCCUUGAAGCGAUGCGAGUCCAAGGGGCAGCUGCCCAACUUGCAGAGUCACUGCCGUGGGAAGUGUGGGAAGUUCGUAGACAUUGGCAGGGGGGACUACAUCGCGCGGGGUCAAUUUGUGCUGUGUGAAGACUGCAAUGCGAAGUCUUUAUCCUCCCAGGCUACAAAGUCCUGCGGGAAUCCAGACUGCGGGCAAACCUUCAAGUACUCGUGCUUCGAAGUGGAUGUUUGCGGCCGCGAGAUGCCAUCCUUCUGUGGACAGUGCAGCGGAGUCGUGGAUGAAUGGGCCCUGAUCAGUCCCCUUCCUCAAGAGAUGGGAGGGCCAAAGCAGUGA